AUGAUUUUUGGACAAAUAUUAUUAGGUACAACAGGUUUAAUUGUAUCACUCUAUGCAUAUUAUGUUAAACAACAACUUAGAAAAAAUCCAAAAUAUAAAGCUCUAUGUGAUUUAGGACCAAAUACAAGUUGUACUAAAGCAUUAUCGAGCAGAUAUGGUAAUGGAUUUGGACUUGCAAGUUCAUUAUUUGGUGAAAAUAGUAUGAUGAAUGCAUCAAAUAUUAAUUUAGGUAUUGGAUUUUAUAUUGCACAAAUUAUUUUCGGUUUAAUAACUACACCAUUAUUUAAUAAAUUAGCUUUAUUUUCAUCAAUAUUAUCUUGUAUUGGUUCAAUCUAUUUAGCUUAUAUUCUAGCUUUUAUUCUUAAAGAUUUUUGUCUUAUUUGUGUAACAACUUAUCUAAUUAAUUUUGGUCUUCUUUGGUCAAAUAUUCGAACAGUUUAUUUAAAAUAG